AUGAAGAAGGGCGAGCAAGGGCUUAACGGUCAUACAUAUAACAUACACCCACAAGUAAAGACCCCUGCAAUUGAUAUGUAUACACAUAUCAUAAUGUGGAAGGAUUUUUAUGAAACUGACCUAUUGAAGCACAAGCUACAACUGAAUGAUUACAUCUUUCCCACUCUUGGAACAAGUGGCAUCUUGGUUCAUCCCAAGCAACCAAUAAUGGGAUCUGUAAUUCAAAAGAAGAUCACCAAAAUGGCAGAAGCUGCUGGAAUCAGUGGGGCAAAGCAUUUCACCACACAUUGCUUUCAUUGA